GAAACAAGUUAUGGACAAUAAUACUGUGCCGGAUCUUUCACGUUGUUGCUUGAAAUUAGUUUGCGAGAUAGCAGGUAGUCUUAGAAAUAGCAAGUCAAAUUAUUUUUCUCUCUCUCUCUCUCUCUCUCCAGCACCAGGCAGGUCAGCCUCCUCUUUGCUCCUCCCCCCUGUUCUCACCUGGCGCUUAGCCCAGAAUGUUGCUGCAACUCCGCAAACUCUCAUUGGUCCCCGCUCUCACACCGCUUUGCAAGAAGGGAAAUGACUAACUGCUUCUCCCUCCUGCCCUGCUUCGACUUCCCCUCUGCUUUCACUCUCUUCCUUUUCUUUCACCUCUGAACACAUUUGCAAUGGCGGGCUUUGCUGAACUCGACUAGGAAGUGCCUUCCCUGAUGUCUGCUGCAGCUUUGACCUGCUUCUACAGCUGAAGCUCCACCCCUCCUCCCCCCCGCCCUCUCCACCCUCCCCCUGCCUCGCGCGCUUGCUGCCACGGUAACACGAGAACAAGGACAGCGGCAAACAUCCACACGGCGGCCCACGCUCCGACCUGCUCGUCCAUCCAUCCGUCCACCGCCCACUCCUCGCAGCAGGGGCCCCCCGCCUCGGCUCUGCCAUCGGCAUCCUCCACCAGCCUUACCACAGCAGCUCCAACGCACGACGCAGCAUCUCACCCACCUUGCCUUUAACCUUUGCCUUCAACCCACCAGGCCUGCGCUCAGUCCUCAGCGUCUGUAGCAGGCUACACCCAGACUGUCACCUCUGUUGCCUGCUUCACUGCAUGAGAACCAGAGGGCCCAUGCGCCUGUUUGCCCCGUUGGCUUAUGACUGUUAGAGGUGAGUUGGUUGUGCGAGCAAAGUCGGGCCACGAGCGGCACCCCCGUUGCUAGGCGGACCCGUCUCUCGGAUACAAGCGCGCCUGCUGUGGUAGAUUGAUCGGGAUUCCCAUAACAUUCGUCCUGCAACAUUUCACUUCGGACAAGGACACAAAGGGCACAGACUCUCACAACAAAUUAGGAGAAAUAACUUGAUAACUGGAUUAAAACAAUAGGGGUACUUUAUUCGCGCUUGAACAGAUUUCAGCUCGGAAUAACUAUUGCCAGCGUGUUGCCAUGGCGAUGAACAUGGCACACAUCCGCGACACAAAGUGGCUGACGCUUGAGGUAUGCCGGGAGUUCCAGAGAGGCACGUGCUCCCGCUCCGACCAGGAAUGCAAGUUUGCUCAUCCGGCCAAGAGCUGUCAGGUGGACAACGGACGGGUCAUCGCGUGCUUCGACUCGCUCAAGGGCCGUUGUUCCAGGGAGAACUGCAAGUACCUGCACCCUCCUGCGCACCUAAAGACCCAGCUGGAGAUCAACGGCAGGAACAACUUGAUCCAGCAGAAGAACAUGGUCAUGCUCGCCCAACAGAUGCAUCUCGCCAACGCCAUGAUGCCCGGCACGCAGCUCCCACCUAUGCCCAUGUUCUCGAUGGCGCCAGGCAUGGCCACCAACGCCGGCGCAGCGGCCGCAGCCGCAGCCGCAGCCUUUAAUCCCUACCUGAGUCCCAUGUCGCCAGGCCUGAUGCCCCAGGAGAUAAUGCCCAGCACCCCUGUGCUCAUGGCCUCCAACCCCAACGUCGGCCAAGUCCCCAACGCUGCCGCCGCUGCAGCCCAGAAACUGCUGAGAACAGAUCGACUCGAGGUGUGUCGGGAGUAUCAGAGGGGCAACUGCUCUCGGGGGGAGACCGACUGCCGCUUCGCUCACCCCUCAGACAGCACCAUGAUCGACACCAACGACAACACCGUCACCGUGUGCAUGGACUACAUCAAGGGCCGAUGCUCCCGGGAAAAGUGCAAGUACUUCCACCCGCCGGCCCACCUGCAGGCCAAAAUUAAGGCGGCCCAGCACCAGGUGAACCAGGCCACAGCCGCCGCGGCCAUGACUCAGUCGGCUGUCAAAUCACUGAAGCGACCCCUCGACGCAACCUUUGACCUGGGCAUCACCCCUAGUGUCAUGGCUCCCAUGCCCAAGCGGGCGGCCCUGGAGAAGGCCAACGGGGCCUCUGCCAUGUUUAACACCAGCAUGCUCCAGUACCAACAGGCUCUGGCCAGCAUGCAGUUUCAGCAGCAGGCUGCUUUCCUCCCAUCAGGCUCAAUAUUGUGCAUGACACCUUCAGCCAGCAUUGUUCCCAUGAUGCACGGUGGUAAUCCAGCCUCUGUGUCUGCAGCCACCUCAUCUGCCACAAGCCCCUUCGCAACUGCCUCCACCAAUCAGGACUCUUCCUUAUCAAAGUUGACUACCAACGAAUACAUGCAAUUGAUUCCAAUAAUAUCUGCAGAUCAUCUGAGUAGUCACAAGUACCUGACUCAAAUGUAGUUCCUCUCAAAAACAAUCAAACGAAUGUGUGCUGGCACCGUCCAAGCCAAAAGAGUUCAGCCUUUAUGUACAUAACCUUCAGAAUGUCAAGCCACGGGGCGAGGAGGGUCUGCCAUCUCUUAGCCGGUCCACAGUGAUGGUCUCAUCACAUGGGUAAACAUCUCCGGUGCAACACGUGACCUGUGCCAUCUUCCCACAUAUCAAUGUCAAGAAGAAUCUGUUGUCGAAAGUCAAAGUCAGCUGAAAGAAGAGGAUCUCUUGGUGCCGGGGUCAGUGUGUCUCUCCCCUCUGUGGGAAUAGUUCACAUUACACCUGUGUGUCUGACUAAAUCAUAGCGUGUCUGACUAAAUCAUAGCACUCAAUGGGUUUUAACCUUUAUCACUACCGCAUGCACAGAAGGUCAAGAUCGUGGUUGCAGAAUAGCAACAUCCAGUGCUGGUACGUUAGCAGGCCAAGAUUUUCUUUCCUUCCUUUAAAAAAAAAAUGUUUCUGCUUUGUUAUUAUGUUUUAAUUGAUAGCCAUAUUUCAUAGUUUACAAGUCCAAUGCGAAACAUGCAGCUUGAAUUUGAAUUGAAAUCGGAAAGGCACAAUGAUUUUAACAGGAAUUUUAUUCGCCAAAAGAAUUAGGCAUGUACAGUGUUGUGUUUUUUUUUUUACGGCUACUAGUGAAACUAGAUGCUGAAAUGAGGGACUUGGACGUAUGAAUGUUCUGGGAAAACCAACAUACCUGUGUACCUUGACAGCACAGCCAGGCAAGCUUCUCUCACCUCGUCAUGUGCCAUCGAGGCCAUACAGCUAAAACCAGAGUGUUAUCUCAGCAGUGUUAUUUGUUUACUGAUGGUAAAGGUUCUGUAUGGCUCUUUUUGUAUUGUUUUGUUUUUUGAACAUCCCAACUGGGCUUUUCUUUUUUUCUAACUUUUCAUUUAUCUAAAUAAUCAGUUUUAGAAUUUGGGUUCUCGCCAAAUAUUUGUUUUUUUUUUCUUUUUUGAUGUUUUUUCAUUUUGAAAUCUAAAUUGGAUUUUGUUGGGAUUAAGUUGUUGCUCGUGUCCUUUGACUAUAAAGCGUGGUAAAGCAGAGGGCGUGGCUUCAGUUGACACCGUGUUACCUUGUUCUCCCUCGUUUAAAGAGGAGCUACUCUGAAACUGUGCCUCCAAGAAGCACUGUUGAGCCAUCGAAGGGGAUUUAAAACAACAGACCUAAAAGUCUAGUAGGUCAUUUAAACCGCAUGUGCACUUGAAUGAAUAUUUGUCUGGUCACCCAGUUUUGAUUUCACAACUCAUCCCAUGUGAACUUUUGCUCUCGAGGAAAAGCAGCAUUCUCUGUGUUUGUAUUUCCAAGCAAAGCGCAAAGGUUCUCAUUCACUUGUAGAUCUGACUACACAAACCAAAGCACAGUUUUUUCUCUCAAUCAUGCUCACAAUGGGUUACGGAAGCAUCACUUAAGAGGCUUAGUUGAGGAAAAAUGUUUAUCAUCUUUCAUUUAUCAUCAAUUUUAUAAUCGCAUCUCUCUUCUGUUUUCACAGAGGUGUGUAGUGUGUCUUUACCGAUUGUAAUGUACCUAACGAAGCCUUAGAUUACAAUUAAUGGGUCCCAGCCCAAUCAAAUGUACUUUCAAUCACCGUGCAGGUAAAGAACACCAAUGAUGUUUUAUAUUUCUGUCACAUGCCGCUUGUGAUCUCUUUUUUUGUUCUUUCUCUUUAUGUAAAAGUAACAAUUGCUCUCUUAAAUUUCAUUGAACUCCUGUGUUAUGUACUACUUAAGGAUUUUUAAUCUAUUUGAGGUAUGUAGUUGUAGUUUUUUUUUUUUUUGCCUUACUAUAUAUUACUUGACGACAUUGGUAUCGCCGUAGUAGAUUUUGAGGUAGUAUGACAUUCAUAACUUUUCAAACCAUAUAAUGGAUAAUGUGUUGAGUUUUAAAUAGUCACUUCCUUCAUAGAGCUGGAUGUUCUUUUAUUUCAGAUGGUGUUACAUUAUCAGUUAAUUUUAUGGAUGAAAGACUUUUUUGAUACAAGGAAUGAGAUCAGUUGAUUUGCUGCCACUGCAGCAUCUCAGAGCAGACAAAAAAAACCUAAUGUUUUAACCAACUUAAAUUUUCCUUGUAACAUGUCAAGAUCAUGUUUGAAAAUAUGUUGUAUUGAAAUCUAGAUUGUCCAUGUUUUAGAGUAAAAAUUAUUUUCUACUGUAUCCAUUUAAAAAAAAGAUAUGUACUUUUGUUUGAAUAUUUCUUAAGUUUGCCCUGAAUGUCAGGCCAAAACGAGCAGUGAGGUUGACGGGUUUUUGGAUGUUUGUUGGAUUGUGAGAUUAGGAGCGAGAAAGCAAAGACUUUUCCUGACUGGAGAGGUCAGAAAUGCUGCAGAUAAUGCGUUCUAACCUAAGGGAUGAAGGUUGACUUUUUGCACUUCUGUAUAUAGUCAAAUGAACAGAGAAAAAAAUGUGUAUCAUAUGGAGAUAUUAUUUUGAAUAAAAAAAGAUCUAUAAUUAUAAGGAAUUUUGUUAGAUUAAUUUAAAUUCUUGAAUUAGACGACCAGCUAAAAUAAAUGCUUGCAGAGAAGGGCACUAGUUUAUUGGCCAAUGCAUUCAGAGAAAACUAUGCGCUUUUUGUCUUAUUUUAUCAGUAGUAUUGCCAGGGAAUGUCGAAGGGAAAAAGAUAUCCCCGUGUCAUGCUUACUCCGCCCCUCCUGUGGGAUGACAUAUCCAAUAAUAUCCAUAUAUCAUUUGUUAGACUUGGUCAUGCAGUAUUGAUGCUCCCAUGGUACAGUUAAUUCAUUAAACUUUCAUGAUGUGUACUUUAUUAUAAUUUGAUUUGACUGCAUGUAAAAGUAAAAACAUGUACAACAAAAUACAAUGCGUAGUUAUGUAAAGAAUGAUAACACAUUCAGAUUACAGGAUACAUAGAAAUAUCUUUUUUCCUUGUGUGCAAAUGACACGUAUGGUAGAUAACAUCCACUGCGGGGAGAAAUAAUACUUCAAAAACAAGUCAUCUUACUCUUGUGUGAUAACAAUAUUUUCCAUGCAAAUGUGUUAUUUAAAGAACGAUCAAAUAUUAGCACUCAUCCACCCCAGAUACUUUCUCAUAGCCGUAUAAUUACAGUCGACACUGACUCACGGGAAGUACUUCCUGCUAUCUUAGCUGUGCACUCAGCAGGUGAAGGCUCACCACACCAAAUGCAUAUUUGUCCAAUUAGUCGUCGUGAUGAAUGUAACAGCCCACUGGUUAUCAUGUUUCUGACCUGAGGCUACUGUGUCUAGUGCUAUAGAACCAAAGCACCAUUUUCUCCGAGCCAGAUGUUUGGUCUGCUGGCUGGAGCCAUGGUUUCUCUUCCCUGCUGGGGGCACGUGUAUGCUUUGACUGCUUUUUACUUGUAAGCGCAACCAUCAAUUAUGUAUUUGCUUAACAGUUGCCACACAAUAAUGUACUAUUCUGUCUUCAGAUUUGUUUAUGCACAUUUUAUUGUUGCCAUAAUUGACUCUGAAUCUCAAAUCUGAAUAAAACAAUGUUUGAUUUGCUCAUGCAA